CUUUCUCCUUCAACUCAUUUACUACAGCGACAACUACUUCUACAGACCAUAGUUACAGCAAAAUACUCAUUUACAGCAAGAAAAAGAAGAUAAAAAUUGUCUCAAGCUUAUUUACCACCUGAGAGGCAACAUGAAAAAACAAACAAGAAGUAGUGUUGGUGAUCAUUGUGUUCCUGUAAAGAAGACUAAAGUUACCGUUUCGAAAUCCCCGGGUAUGCCGCCUCCUAAAGCUGUCGUUUCGAAGGAUGCAAAGAAGAUUAAAGUUGUAAAAUCAGUAGUGCCGAAAGAAGAAGAAACUGUAGCCAGUGAAUCAAGUGAUUCUGGUGAUUCUGAUGAUUCUGAUCAUAUGGAAGCGGCAACAACAAAUGUGGUUCCUUCACCUACACGUAAACGCAAAAGAACCUCAAAGGCUUGGGCUGAAUUUAAAGAGGUAUUGAUAAAAGGGAAAACACACGGAGAAUGCAAUCACUGCAAUAAGAAUAUUGGUGCGGAGAGAAAAAAUGGGACGAGUAGUUUGAGGAAACAUCUAAAUUGUUGUUUGGUGUACAAAGGAACACAACAACAAAUUAACCAGAUGUUCUUGAAAGCUAGUGAAACACAAGAUGAGCCAGUAGCUGCUUACAUCUUUAAGUUUAACUAAGAAGUAACUCGUGAUUGCAUUGUAAGAAUGAUUAUCUUGCAUGAACACCCUUUCUCAU